UAUCAAUUAUAACAUUUUAUAAUAUAACCCAAAAAUCUAACACCCAAAAAUCCAAAAACAAUCUCAAUAAUAGAAAAAACACAAAGACAAAGUUUGAGAUCCCCCAUUUUUAACAACAUCAAAAACCUCUAUAAUCUUUCGCUAAUUUUCUCUCUCCUCUCAUAACCCACCACGUUGUGUUUCUAUCAUUGAAAGCGAAGUCUUCUGAAGUUGCUGCAAGUGUGUAGGAGAAGGAAAAAAAAUUUAAGAUUACCCAAGUGAAAAAGAAACAGAAUUUGGGCUUUUCUUACUUCUGCAGCAAUUUUUUUUUUUAAUUUUUUUUUGUUUUUUUGAUCUGUGACAUUGUGGGUAUAUAUAAUUCUGUCUAAUUCGAUCUGGGUAUCUUCAGCUGAAAAGGGUUGACAUUUUUUUUUGUCUGUUAUUCAACUUUUUUUAUUGUUGGUAAUUUUGGGAUUUUUUGAUUUACUUGAAAAAUGGCGCUGUUUAGGAAGUUCUUCUACCGAAAGCCUCCUGAUGGGUUGCUGGAGAUUUCAGAAAGGGUUUAUGUCUUUGAUUGCUGCUUUACAACGGAUGUGGUGGAGGAUGAAAAUUAUAAGGGUUAUAUUGGUGGAAUAGUUAGUCAACUUCGUGAUCACCUACCUGAUGCUUCAUUCAUGGUGUUCAACUUUCGUGAGGGAGAAAAUCAGAGCAAGAUUGCAAAUAUACUGUCGGAGCACGACAUGACUGUAAUAGACUAUCCUAGGCAGUAUGAAGGUUGUCCAAUGCUCACAUUGGAGAUGAUUCAUCAUUGUCUGAGAUCUGGUGAUAGCUGGCUCUUGCUUGGUCAGCGCAAUGUUCUUUUGAUGCAUUGCGAAAGAGGUGGUUGGCCUAUUUUGGCAUUCAUGUUAGCUGCACUCUUGCUGUAUAGAAAGAUUUACAACGGGGAACAGAAGACACUGGAUAUGAUCUACAGACAAGCCCCUCGGGAGCUUUUACAGUUGAUGUCCCCAUUAAAUCCAAUUCCCUCGCAGUUAAGAUAUCUUCAAUAUGUAUCAAGGAGAAACCUAGACUCAGAAUGGCCUCCUCAAGACAGGGGAUUGACAGUGGAUUGCAUAAUUCUUAGGCUCAUCCCCAAUAUUGAUGGGUUGGGUGGUUGCCGACCUAUUCUAAGAAUAUAUGGACGGGAUCCUUCACCUGCUGCUGAUCGAACUCCUAUAGUGCUGUUUUCACCACCAAAAAAAAGUAGAGUUGUUCGGCAAUACAAGCAGGCAGAAAGUGAACUCAUCAAGAUUGACGUUCACUGUCAUGUUCGAGGUGACGUGGUGCUUGAGUGCAUAAGCUUGGAUGAGGAUUUUGAACGUGAGCAGAUGAUGUUCAGGUUUAUGUUUAGCACAGCGUUUAUCAGAUCCAAUAUUCUGAUGCUUAAUCGUGAUGAGAUUGACACCUUAUGGGAUGACAAGGAUAAAUUUCCCAAGGACUUUAGAGCUGAGGUUCUUUUCUCGGAAAUGGACUCUGCAACCUUUGAAACUUCAGUUGAUAUGCCUGAUACUGAGGAGAAAGAAGGCCUUCCUGUUGAAGCAUUUGCGAAGGUUCAAGAGAUUUUCAGUAACGUGGAUUGGAUAGAUUCAAAGAGUGAUGUAGCACUAAAUGUUCUUCAGAAAAUUUCUUCAUCGAAAGUACUCAAAGAGAAAUUGGAGAUUGCUGCAGAAAAGAACAGUCUUGAAUCUGGUUCCGGAAAGCUUGAGGAUGAUUUGAAAACACUUGUAUUGGAGGGCAGCGUCUUGGGUUCCCCAUUGGGGACUCUGGAGAAGCAAAGCGAGCGCUCUUCAGAACCAACACUUGACACCAACUUAGUUUCAUUUAAGAGUGAUGCUUAUAAAGAAGGUGUUUCAAAUAUUGUCUUGGAUAAUUGGAAAAGGACUAGUCUGACAGAAGAAUCUAGUGGCACCACUGUAUCCAAUGCUCAACAACUCGAUAAGAAGGGAGCUUCAGAGGCAAAUGAAAACAAAAAAGCUUCUAUGUCCAUGGUCUUCGAGAAGUUGUCAAAAAAAUCCUCCGGACCUUCUCUGGAUGCAAAUAUGAUUGUGAAGAAAGCUCAACCCGAAGAUUUGCUUUCUGCUCUUCAACAAACUACUCAAACAAAGAUUAUAUCCCCGCGUAUACUUCAAUCUUCUCGUUCAAGUUCUGCCUUGUAUAAUAAUUCUGUGCAAGGUUCGCCGAAACCAAUGCAAAGAUUUCAUAGUUCACCGUCUUCACUUGGGAUUACUGCGCUUUUGCAUGACCAUGAUACAUACAAGAGUGAUAUGGCUGCUCUUCUGGGGGCAACUGCUCAGCAACCAUUGGCUACUUCUGUCUCGUUUGUUCCUGAAGUACCUAAAACUGAACAAAAUGCUCUUUCGUCAUCUGUGCAACCUCAGCCUCUAGCCUCUCCACCACCUCCAGCUCCCUUGCAAUAUGCACAUCCCGAAUCUCUUCAGAUAGAGCCUUUUAGAGUUGACACGUCAUCACCAUUACCACUAUCACGCCAUUCUACGUCAACAGACGCCUCUACUCCUCCUCCACCUUCCUUGCCAUUAGAACAGUCAGGACCACAGCAUAAAGAGCCUUCAAUUACCAAAUUAAAAUCUGAAACUCCGCCAGUACCUUCUCCACCAAUUCCCCCUCCAUCUUCACGAUCAACUUUAGACUCCGAAAAUGACAUUGCUUUUCGAACUGAGACACUUCAUUCUGGAAAAAACAGCUUCAAGCCUUGUGUUCCUCCUCCUCCCCCUCCCCCUCCUCAUCCUCCUCAGCCUACAUGUUCAAUUGCAACAAAUCUUAUAUCAAGCCCUCCUCCCCCUCCCCCUCCCCCUCCCCCUCCUCCUCCCCCCUUUGGGAGUCCUGUGUUUAUGAAUGCAGGGAGUACAUCAUUAGCACCGCCUCCGCCUCCCCUCUCCCCUCCCCUCCCCUCCCCACCCUUUUCUGGACAGUCUCCUUUUUCAAAUACUAAGGUACCGUUGUCAGUGCCCCCUCCACCUCCACCACCACCUCCAAUAUCUCAGCCCUCAUCUUCUAAUGCUAGGAGCCUACUGUCAAACCUUCCUCCUCCACCUCCACCUCCACCUUCACCCUGUCUCCCUAAAAAUGCUCCAUCAGCCAUAGGUUCAGAUUCCACAUGUGAAGUAGUCAAAGCUCCUGCUCCUCCACCUCCUCCUCCAAAAUCGUCACUUUCUGUUGCAAGUCCUAAGAUGUCAUCUUUAGUGCCUCCACCGCCCCCUCCUCCUAAAAGUGUCUCUACAAAUGUUGAAUCUACAAAUUCUCCUACAGUUCCACCAGUGCCGCCUCCACCAGCACCUAUUGGAAAAGGACUUCCAAGAGCUAAUAGUUCUGCUCAAGGACCGGUUCCUCCACCCCCUGGACCCCCUGGUUCGAAGGGAAGAGUCCCUCCUCGUGUUACUCCAAGAAAUCAGGGUCAAACAAAAAAGAAUAAUCUGAAGCCAUAUCAUUGGUUGAAAUUAACACGGGUUAUGCAUGGUAGCAUAUGGGCGGAGGCUCAAAAGCCGGAGGAGGCUUCCAAAGCUCCAGAGUUUGAUAUGUCAGAACUUGAGACCCUCUUUGCAGCAUCUGUUCCAAAUUUAGAGAAGGGGGCCAGUGGAGGGCAAUCGGGCCGUCGUGCUUCAGGGUCUAAACCUGAUAAAAUUCAGCUGGUUGAGCUUAGGAGGGCUUACAAUUGUGAAAUAAUGCUUACAAAAGUGAAAAUUCCGUUGCCUGAUUUAAUGAAUUAUGUGCUUGCUUUGGACGACUCAGUUUUGGAUGUUGACCAGGUUGAAAACCUUAUAAAAUUUUCUCCGACCAAGGAAGAAAUGGAUCUAUUGAAGGGAUACAAGGGCGAUAAAGAGAAUUUAGGGAAAUGUGAACAGUUCUUCUUAGAGUUGAUGAAAGUACCACGGGUUGAGUCAAAGCUCAGAGUUUUUUCCUUUAAGAUACAAUUUAAUACUCAGGUUUCGGACCUGAGAAAGAAUCUGCAGAUAGUGAAUUCUGCGUCAGAAGAGAUCAGGUCUUCAGUGAAGUUGAAAAGGGUCAUGCAAACAAUAUUGUCUUUGGGCAACGCAUUAAACCAAGGAACUGCUCGAGGUGCUGCUGUUGGGUUUCGACUGGAUAGCCUCCUUAAACUCACAGAUACUCGCUCUCGAAAUAACAAGAUGACUCUCAUGCAUUACCUAUGCAAGGGAAGGGUGGAUAGGACUACAAGGGUGCUUGUCAUCACGUUGUUUUUUCUGGUGACCGGAGAUCUAGGAGUGUAUUUGUGGCUAGAGUAUUUAAGGUGGGGUAAAACCCUGGGUUCCCUUCCUUUUCACUGUGGUUUUUGUUCCUUUUUCCCUUUUAUUCUAGGAUUGCCUAAUAUGUUGCUUGGUAAUUAGAGAGAAGUAUGUGAAAUUUUCUUUUUUCGCGGAUUAGGAAAAACAGGAGGGAUCAUCAGUUGCCUUUGCUUUUUGUUUGCAAAGUUACAGAGGAUGGAUGCUGGUGUUUGUUGAAUUUGAUGAAAUGUUUUGGCUAUAUGACACCCAUAUUGAGCUGAGAAAUUUUCUUUUUUCACGGAUUAGGAAAAACAGGAGGGAUCAUCAGGUGCCAUUGCUUUUUGUUUGCAAAGUUACAGAGGAUGGAUGCUUGUGUUUGAUGAAUUUGAUGAAAUGUAUUGGAUAUAUGACCCCCCCCUAUUGAGCUGAGAAUUUGUUGCUGUCAAGUGAUGAAAGGGUGGUAAAUUCUAGUUGCCCAGACUUGGCCUAGUGGUAGGAACUAGGACGUGCUUAGAUUCUAGUUCAUGGAAAUUGGUGUGUUCGUUUUUUUUCUUCAAUGGAUGUAGAGAUUGAAUGGGGAAAUAAUAUCAGAUAAGUGAGAUUUGUACAGGAAAGAUUUGAUUGUUUUCUUCUCCUUGCUUUUAUCAAUUUUGAAAUUUGCAUCCUACACGCACUAAAAUCAUUAUCUUAGAAUUUCUGUGAGAGGGAGAAGUUGUAGGUGAGAGUAUCAUCUGAUUUUUUUUUUUUUUUUUUUUUGCUCAUAUGCAAGAAUUUGACAUGCAUUUUAUUUAGCAUUUUUGUGAAUUGCAAUGUUUAGGUAAUUAGGUUAGCUUAAUGCUGAUGAGUGAUGACAAUCUCGAUUCACAUAUUCAAUGUCGUAGUAUGGUAUGUUAUUUGUGUCUAUGGAGUUAUGAGGUGAGUGAUUAUUUCUUUAAUUAAAUGAUAUAAUAAGGUGGCUACAUUUUAUGGGAUUAGAUUUUCUUUUGGGUAGUUGACCUUGCUUUGGUGUUGUAGAAAAGGGGUUUUUCCUUCAAGUUUGUAAAUCAAUUUAAGUGCUUUAAGGGGCAAUUAUGGAAAUAUAAUCAUAAUAUGUUGUGUUUCAUAACUGUUUUUGUCUACCAUCCAUCUUCAUCUAUUCAAUAUGUUCUCAGGGGGGGUAGAAAGAAGAGGAAAAAUGAUAAAUUUUGUUGUUUCCUUCUUAUGUGUCUUAAUUGCUAUUAUUAUUCAAUUGUAAUUUGAACUUAUUUUUGAGAAAGAUGACUGUUAUAGGACAACUAAAAAGGAAGACUGCUUAUAAUGUUCUGCGUAGAUUUGGAACAAGUUAUAAAUGUGGAAACUCAUUAUAUUACUCAGGAGUUGUCAGGAACGACUUAGUAUCCUGCCCUUAUUUGUUAUGUAUUGUUAUAAAUUUUUUAACUGCUAUAUAUAGUACUACUAUUUGUUUGGACAGAUUUCUGAUAGUGGCAUCAAAAUUAGUCUUUAAUUAAUACUCAGCCCAUUUACUUUCUAUAAGGCAUGCUAACCAUUUUUAUGCAUAUUAAGAAUUCAGUUAAGUUUCAAUUGCAUCAUUGUGCAAGUUCUUACAUUGAAUAUUUCACUGGUAAAUAUAGCAUAAGUAUAACCUAUAAUCUGACAUUGAUAGUAUAAAGGGACAUUUUUAGUGUAGAAUGACUUUUAUGAAGAAACAAUAGCUUUUCUUAAAAAGGAACGCAUGAGUAUAUAGUAUAAGAUUUGGU